CACUCGUUACGCUCUUUUGCACAGAAUUAAUUUCGCUAGGAAAACGGGCUCGCGCUGAUUUUGGUUGGGGGUCUGAGGGUCGUCUCGGUAGCGCGCAGGACGUAGUUUGGAAAGCAUGAAGGACCGCACGCAUGAGCUCAGGCAUGGGAAGGACAGUGAAGAGGAGGAGGAUGUGGCAGUGGGCAUGGAGAAAGGCUUCAUGGAUGAGUUCUUUGAACAGGUGGAGGAGAUACGUGGCUACAUUGACUCACUGGCUGAGAAAGUAGAGGAGGUAAAGCGGAAACACAGCGCCAUCCUUGCUGCGCCUAAUCCAGACGAAAAAACAAAAGCGGAACUGGAAGAGCUGAUGUCAGACAUCAAGAAGCUGGCUAACAAAGUACGCUCCAAAUUAAAGAGUAUCCAGCAGACCAUCGAGCAGGAGGAAGGACAGAACAGGUCUUCAGCUGAUUUGAGGAUACGGAAAACACAACACUCCACUCUGUCACGUAAAUUCGUGGAGGUAAUGUCGGAGUACAAUGCGACGCAAUCCAGUUACAGGGAGCGCUGCAAGGGCCGCAUCCAGAGACAGCUGGAGAUCACUGGAAGGAAUACGACAAACGAGGAGCUAGAAAGCAUGCUGGAAAGUGACAACCCAGCUAUCUUCACUUCGGGGAUCAUCAUGGACUCCAACAUCACCCAGCAGGCCAUGAACGAGAUUGAAACCCGACACAAUGAGAUCAUCAAGCUGGAGAAUAGCAUCCGCGAGUUGCACGACAUGUUCAUGGACAUGGCCAUGCUGGUCGAGAGUCAGGGAGAAAUGAUUGACCGUAUAGAGUAUAACGUGGAACACGCAGUGGAUUACGUGGAAAGGGCCGUGUCAGACACCAAGAAGGCAGUAAAGUACCAGAGCAAAGCACGGAGGAAGUUGAUCCUGUUAGGGGUGUGUGUGGCAUUUUGUCUGCUCAUCCUCAUCAUCUCACUCGCUGUUGGACUCGGCUAA